CAAUAAAAACCCUAGGUUCACAUUCUUGCUUCGUCCCGGAGCAGCCGCGGAGCGCAGCAGAGACUGAGCCAGUACAUUCGCCAUGGGAAUCGAUUUGAAAGCAGGAGGUAAGAGCAAAAAGACAAAGCGAACCGCUCCCAAAUCUGAUGAUAUUUACUUGAAGCUCCUUGUUAAGCUUUACCGGUUUCUUGUUAGGAGGACCGGGAGUAAGUUCAAUGCGGUGAUUCUAAAGCGGCUUUUCAUGAGCAAAGUCAACAAGCCACCUCUAUCUCUAUCUCGGUUGAUUCGUUUCACGAAGGGAAAGGAAGACAAGAUCGCCGUAGUGGUUGGGGCUGUGACUGACGACAUUCGUGUGUAUGAAGUCCCAGCGUUGAAGGUGACUGCUCUGAGGUUCACCGAAACUGCUAGAGCUAGAAUUGAGAAGGCUGGCGGAGAGUGCCUGACAUUUGAUCAGUUGGCUCUUAGAGCUCCUCUAGGCCAGAACACGGUUCUCCUCAGAGGUCCCAAGAAUGCCCGUGAAGCUGUCAAGCACUUUGGGCCAGCUCCAGGUGUGCCCCAUAGCCGCACGAAACCCUAUGUCCGUUCAAAAGGAAGGAAAUUUGAGCGGGCCAGAGGAAGAAGAAACAGCAAGGGUUUCAGAGUUUAAGUCCCGGAAUUCAAGCAUGAAGGAGGUUCACGUUUAUCUUGCGGUUAUUUUGUAAAUCGUUUCCUCUGCGACGUUCCAACUCUUUGCUCGUCUCAGUUUUAAUUUUUCGCUGAGAGCGGAGGAAGGCAAUCUGGACAAUUUUGUUUUGAGGAACUUAUUUACUAGUGAAUGAUGAACCUUUAGAAGGAUUGUUCUGGAGUGUUUCUCUUCCCCGAUUUGUCGGAUA